GAAGAAGAGGGCAACAAAGUGUGAGAAAAGCAGCGAAGAAACUCAGCUCCCCCUCCACGCACACGCAGAUUAGUUUGAAGAGGUCUUGGUAUAUGUUCGACCAGGCCACGACUAUGGGCGAUGGGAGCCACCGCUGUGGACCCAACAACCCGCUGUGUCCGGACCGGAUGGACGCAACCAAUAAGUGUCGCGGAACCGCCGCCGCUGCCACCGAUAUCGGGAGCCGGUCCCCGGUGCAGAGCUCCACGGACACGCCGGGGACGUCAGCGUCCACCCCGACGUCCUCCAGCGAAGACGGACACGACAAACUUUUGGGAGUGGACCCGGACUACUGCCGGAGGAUAUUAGUGAGAGACGCGAAAGGCACCAUCCGGGAGAUCGUGCUGCCGAAGGGGCUCGACCUGGACAGACCCAAGCGCACGAGGACCUCCUUCACCGCCGAACAGCUCUACCGGCUCGAGCUCGAGUUCCAGCGGUGUCAGUACGUUGUGGGCCGCGAGCGCACCGAACUAGCACGGCAACUGAACCUCUCCGAAACACAGGUCAAAGUGUGGUUUCAAAACCGCCGGACCAAACAGAAAAAGGACACCACCAAGGACUCGGACAAACGCUCCUCCUCCAGCUCCGAGUCACUGGCCACCUGCAACAUCUUGCGUCUGUUGGAGCAGGGCCGCCUCCUGUCGGGCCCCGCCCCGCCGCCCAACCCUCUCCUGGGGCCCCCUCCCCACCCGGCGAACGGCUCGUUGCUGAGCAGCCCCGGCGGAGGCUCGUCCACCUCACCUGGGAUGAGCAGCAGCACUCCGCCCAGCUCCCUACCAGGAGGGACUUUUGGGCUGUCGCUGCCGUCGCUGGGCGGGACCCCUCCAUCACCACGGCUGGGGGUCCCGCCUCCUCAUUCCCUCUGCUUCUCCAUGCCGCUGCUGGGCGGUGCACAUCAUGAACUGACAUCCACCUACGGCUGUGGUUCUUCAGCUUUUGAGCCGUAUAUGCGAUUGGACAGGAAGGAGGCAGAUCUGGGGGGGAAGAAGACGGUUUCCUAGGUUAGACAUCCACCUUUAGGAUGUACGGGGACUGGGGUCUGGGUCCUCUUCUCCGUCUCUCACGCUGCCAUCUCUUUCAUACCUGAGCGGCCGACGAGAUGGCAGAUACAAAAAAGAAAACACAACCUGGAUCACCAGAAAUGUGAAAAAGGACGAGGGAUCCUUCCUUGAGGCACUAUUUUGUGUUCUGUUUUGGCACAUUCGUAUAAAACGGUGAACAGGACGUGAUGUGGCAGAGAGUCAACACGUCACUCUCGCACAUUAAAAAAAAACUAACUUGUGAAUUUUCACAACAAUGACGUGUGUGUGUUGCGUGAACCCUGACAAACAGAUGUUUUUAUCUCUACUCUCUUUGCAGUGGUUUCAAGUGACUCUUCACUUUUGUCCAGUAAGUUUGUGUGUGUGUGCUUUCUCUCUAUACAGGCCUUCAUUUACUGUUCAGGAAAAAAAAAAAAAAAAAACUUGACAUGGAUAGUUCAGACUUGAAUCAGUGUCUGAAUGAGUUUCAAAAAGAGCAGUUUGUACACAUAUUCCCAAACAAGUGGCCAUGUUUGAUUUUAGUUUAUGUGCUAUCACUUUAAGGAAGAAACACAGAAAAAAAAAAAGAAUUGUAGCAAUUUAAUAUCAGUCUGUUUGGUGUCCAGAGGUAGUUUUUGUAAAUUCUUUAUUUGGUUGUGUUUGUGUAUGAAAUAUGUGGUAGGAUCUGGACAAAAGGUGCAAAAUCACAUAUCUAGAUCCAUUAGUGAGGUAUAAAGAAGAAAAAAGAAAAUAAAAACGCUGGUUAGACGCUGCCAAAGCAGUUAUGGAUAAAGUUUAGGAGGUGCCACACGUCUGACCUCCCAUCAGUUACGCAAGUUGAGCUUCCUUUAAACCCAGAUUCAUUUUCCACUUUCUUUAUGACAAAAAUGUUCUUGUUUUCCACAGCAGACUCAAAAAAA